AGAUAUAGCCAGGGCAGCUGUAACAUCUGCUGCUCACCGCCCUAUACCCCACUUUUGUGAUAAAGUCGUGUAUUUCAGUUUUCUUUUCUUUUCUUUUUAUAUAUAUAAAAAAUUAAAAAAAAUACAAAUCUGUAAAAGUGUUUAUGCGCAGUGAGUAAGUUUAUACACCUUUUUUUUUUAAAUCACAUACUAUAUGCGUGCAUUUAAGAAAGCAAUAUAAACCAAUACAAACAAAAUAUAAAGACAGUGAUUGCAAAUAUCGGGAUACAGCAACCUGUGAAAAACAAGCACAAAGGGAUUUUACAAGGACAUUUACCUUCGUCUUAUUUGUUUCUAUUUUAAUAUUUUGAAGGAACGCUUAUGGAAAUGACUUGGAUCAGAUUGAACAUUUUACUUUCCAUAGGUAUAUUUUCUUCACCGGCAUUUUCCUCCACAGAUAAUGGAGGAUUCAAAAGGUACACCACCUUCGUGGUGCAGCCGGGACAGGCUGGUACGGACAGCAGGCACAUCAGUGCCAUUUCCCGGACAGGGUCCGCUGGGCAGCCGCACUCUUAUAACGUGGAACUUACGGCCAGUUACAGCAGCAGCCAGGUCCGGACCCGCAGGAUGGGAAAGCAGACGAGUCCGAGCGCGCAGCUCCACCAGGAGACUAAAUUCAGCCCCAGCGUGCAGUUCCAGCAGCAGCGCCAGAUUCGCCACUCCAGUCACAGCAGUAACGUCCCCGCUGUGCAGCUCCAGAAACACCAAUUUAAAACUUCAGGUGUGAAUGUCUGUGGAGGGCAGUGCUGUCAAGGCUGGAGUAAAGCCCCGGGCUCUCAGAGAUGCACCAAACCCAACUGUAAGCCACAGUGCCAGAAUGGGGGGAUGUGCCUGCGGCCCCAGCUCUGCGUGUGCAAACCAGAGACGAAAGGAAAAGCGUGCGAGCAAAAGACUGUACCUCCAUACUCCCCUCCUCAUCACCCGGGGAACCGACAGGACACUGUGCCCCCCCAGAGACCCAUCCCACAGCAAACCUCUCAGCACAGCGUGAUCCCGCAGAGACCCAUCCCACAGCAAACCUCCCAGCACAGCGUGAUCCUGCAGAGACCCAUCCCACAGCAAACCUCCCAGCACAGCGUGAUCCCGCAGAGACCCAUCCCACAGCAAACCUCCCAGCACAGUGUGAUCCCGCAGAGACCCAUCCCACUGCAAACCUCCCAGCACAGCGUGAUCCCGGUGAGACCCAUCCCACAGCAAACCUCCCAGCAUAGUGUGAUCCCACAGAGACCCAUCCCACUGCAAACCUCCCAGCACAGCGUGUCCCAGGGCAGGCAGGUCGCUCAGCAAACCAACAAUGGAGCCCAGAUGACUCUGACAGUGAAGCAGCAACCCCCUGCCAUCGUCCCCCAGCAAGUCCAGCAGCAUAAACCUGAAAUAUCUGUAUUCAAGCAAUGGCCUUCACAUUUACUGAGACCCUCCCAGCCUCUCACGAUGACUGUGCACCAUGGCCAGACUCAAAAGCUUGUACUCCAACCCAAGUACUACCAGACCCAGAAGGUGUACACUGGACAGCAGGCCUCAGAGGACUCCCUCCCCCUCAGCGUGGCUCCCAUUCAAGUGGGGAACAGCACCGGGCGCAUCAAGGUGGUCUUCACGCCCACCAUCUGCAAAGUGACCUGCGUCCAGGGCAAGUGUCAGAACAGCUGUGAGAAGGGCAACACCACCACCAUCAUCAGUGAGAAUGGCCACUCCACUGACACCCUCACAGCACCCAACUUCCGAGUAGUUGUUUGCCACCUUCCCUGCAUGAAUGGAGGCCAGUGCAGUGCCAGAGACAAGUGCCAGUGCCCCCCAAACUUUUCUGGCAAGUUCUGCCACAUCCCAGUGCAGAACGGGCACCAAAACCAGCAGUCCCAGCAGCAGCAGCAGCAGCAGCAUCGGCAGCAGCAGCAUGGGACAGCAAGCCGGACCCAGGGGUCUCAGGUCCACUCCACACACACACUGCCUCUGUCGUUCGGAGGCCAGAACGGGAUCCAAGUGAAGUUCCCUCCCAACAUGGUGAACGUUCACGUCAAGCACCCCCCAGAGGCCUCCGUCCAGAUCCACCAGGUCUCGCGAAUGGACGGCCCCAAUGGUCAGAAAGUGAAAGCGGCACAGUCCGGCCACAGCACAUACCCCGGGGGCAUAGCCCAGAAAGGACAGAGUCCCCCAACUGUGUCCCACACCCAGCAAAACAUUGUUCACCAGUACUCCAUCGCCUCCAAAAUCCAGCUGGGACGCUGCUUCCAGGAGACUACGGGGGCGCAGUGUGGUAAAGCUCUUCCUGGCCUGUCGAAACAAGAUGAUUGCUGUGGAACUGUGGGCACAUCCUGGGGUUUCCACAAGUGCCACACUUGUCCCAAGAAACCAUCUAUCCCAUUGACUGGAUCUAGACAAACGAUGGACUGCCCUCAGGGAUUCAAGAGGAUUAACAUAACCUAUUGCCAAGAUAUCAAUGAGUGUCAGCUACAAGGGGUGUGUCCUAACGGGAAUUGCUUGAACACGAUUGGCAGCUACAGGUGUACCUGCAAAGCAGGAUACGUGCCGGAUCCUACAUUCUCCACCUGCGUUCCCGAUAACCCUAUGAUCCCAGAAGAGAAAGGCUUCUGUUUCCGAUUUUUCAGUGCUGGAAAGCAGUGCAUGCACCCAGUCUCUGCCCAGCUCAGCAAGCAGCUCUGCUGUUGCAGUGUUGGCAAGGCCUGGGGCCCACACUGUGAGAAAUGUCCCAUACUUGGAACAGCUGCCUUCAAGGAAAUCUGCCCAGGCGGAAUGGGUUACACAGUUACUGGCCCCUACAAAAAGGUCAUCCCUGGCAUUAAAAAUCAACCUGACAGCGGCAGCAAGACCGGGAUCAGCCCCUCCGAGCCUGUGGCUCCCCCUGUACCCAUCCCCGCAGUUCAGGAGCCAGUGGAGGCCCUGACCGCCUCCGAGAGACACCACCCCGAGACCACUGCAGUGGGGGAAGUAGCAACAGCAGCACCUGAACAGGAGCUAAUCACUACCGAUUAUAAAUCAAUAGUAGAGCCUGGCCAGCCCCAGCUUUCUCCCGGCAUUUCUACAAUCAAUCUGGACCCGCACUUCCCAGAAGUGAUAGAGAAGUCCUCCCCUCCAGCCCUGGUUGAGUUGGCCCCUGAAGUCUCCACUUCAAGUGCAAGCCAAGUGAUUGCUCCCACUCAAGUGACAGAAAUCAACGAAUGCGCAGUCAACCCUGAAAUCUGUGGCCCGGGAUACUGCAUCAAUCUGCCUAUGGGUUACACAUGUGUAUGUAACACUGGCUUCCAUCUCAACAACGAGCUAACAACUUGUGUAGACAUUAUUGAAUGUGAGCUGAGCCCUCGCCUUUGUUCCAAUGGCCGCUGUGAGAACACUGAGGGAAGUUUCCUUUGUGUGUGCCGAGCAGGAUUCGUGGUGGACGAAGAAGGAACAAACUGCAUUGAUGUGGAUGAGUGUUUGAGACCCAGCGUAUGUGGAGAUGGGCUCUGUGUCAAUACAGACGGCUCCUACAGUUGUGAGUACUGUGACAGUGGAUUCAAGAUGAGCAGUAGAGGACGCUGUGAAGAUAUCGACGAGUGCCAGGAUCAAAACUUUUGCUCGUCUGGGAAGUGCGUCAAUUCCCCUGGGUCUUACGAAUGCGUCCCUUGCUUUGAUGGAUACGAAGGCAGAAACGGGCAGUGUGUCGACAUCAAUGAAUGCUUGGACAGGCCAGUGUGUGCCAAUGGCAAAUGUUCCAACCUUGAAGGAUCGUAUGUUUGCAUAUGCAGUAAAGGCUAUGAGCCAACUCCAGAUGGCAAAGUGUGCAAAGAUAUUGACGAGUGUCUUGAUGAGCUGCUGUGUGUCAGUGGGCAGUGUCUGAAUACGCAGGGCUCCUUCCUUUGCACAUGCAGUAAAGGCUUCAAGAUUUCAGCCACCGGGGACCAGUGUGAAGACGUUGACGAAUGCCAGGACUGGAGGGACGCCUGCAGAGGGGGGGGACGCUGCAUUAACACAGCAGGUUCAUACCAGUGCACUUGUCCAGAUGGCUUCCAGCUGAUCGACGGGACAAGGUGUCAAGACAUUAACGAGUGCCUGGACGACGCAGAGCUGUGUGCCCCUCAGGGAGAGUGUCUUAACACAGAGGGGUCCUUCCACUGCAUCUGCGAGCAGGGCUUCUCUGUGUCCGCCGAUGGGCACAGCUGUGAAGAUCUGGAUGAAUGUACAGACGAUACCAAAUGUCACAGUGGCAUGUGCGUCAACACCUAUGGCUCCUAUAGAUGUGAUUGCGCUCAAGGUUAUCGCCUAAAGCCGGCUAAUGAAACUUGCAUCGACAUUGAUGAGUGUAAGGAAUACAGCCAUAUCUGCAAGACGUGGCGCUGUGAAAACACACAGGGCUCGUACCACUGCAUCGUGGACUGCCCACCCGGUCACAGACAAGAGCCCAAUGGGAUCUGUGUUGAUGUUGACGAGUGUUCUGUAAAUGGCACUGUGUGCGGUGGCCACGGGUUCUGUGAAAAUACAGCUGGCUCGUUCCGCUGCCUCUGUGACCAGGGCUUUCAGGACUCUCAGGACGGCCGUGGCUGCAUCGAUGUGAAUGAAUGCGAGAUGUUGACUGGAGUGUGCGGAGAUGCCCUCUGUGACAAUGUGGAAGGCUCCUUCCUCUGCAUGUGCGCCAAUGAGACAGAUGAGUAUGAUCCCAUGACAGGGCAGUGCCACUCCUUCGCCCCUCCAGCUGAACUGGUAGAAAGAAAAGAAUGCUACUAUAAUCUAAAUGAUGCCAACUUCUGUGAUAACGUCCUGACCGCCAACGUCACCAAGGAAGAGUGCUGCUGCACACUGGGGGCUGGCUGGGGGGACAACUGUGAAAUGUUCCCCUGUCCUGUCUUAGGAACCGCUGCCUUUUCUGCCAUGUGCCCUGGAGGGAAAGGGUUAAUUCCCAAUGGAGACUCCGCUUACUCCACUGCAGAGAACUACAAAGAUGCAGAUGAGUGUGUUUUGUUUGGACAGGAAAUCUGUAAGAAUGGGUUCUGCUUAAACACACAGCCUGGCUUCGAGUGCUACUGCAAGCAGGGCCUGUAUUAUGACCUGGUGAAACUGCAGUGCCUGGAUAUUGAUGAGUGUCAAGAUGAGUCAAGCUGUAUCAACGGUGAGUGUAUCAACACGGAGGGGUCAUACAACUGCUUCUGCACACGCCCAAUGAUCCUUGACACUACAGGAAAGCGCUGCGUUGGGACCACAGAGGUCACAGAGCACGGUGAGGAAAGUGAGGUGUUCCAGGAUAUCUGCUGGCAGGAAGUGAGCCAGGACUUCAUGUGCAGCCAUCCGCUGGUUGGACAACAGACUACUUACACAGAGUGUUGCUGUCUUCAUGGGGAUGGCUGGGGUAUGGACUGUGCCCUCUGUCCUUCAAAAACCUCUGAGGAUUAUGCCACCCUGUGCAAUGUGCCCCUGUCUGGGAGCAGACGGAGAUACGGGGAGGAUGCCCUGAUGCCCUUUGAUGCAGACUACACUGUGCCAGGCGUGCAAUACGAUUCCCAGCCCUCCAGCCCAGGUUUUUUACCUGUAUUUCAUGAUGAGGAGCAUCAGUACGAUGCAUUCGAGGGGCUGCGGGCUGAAGAAUGUGGCAUCCUGAACGGUUGUGAGAAUGGCCGCUGCGUGCGCGUGCAGGAGGGUUACACCUGCGACUGCUUCGAUGGGUACCACUUGAACAUGGCCAAGAUGGCCUGCGUUGAUGUGAACGAAUGCACCGAGCUCAACAAUAAAAUGUCCCUUUGCAAGAACGCUAAGUGCAUCAACACGGAAGGAUCUUAUAAGUGUGUGUGUCUGCCGGGCUUUGUGCGCUCAGAGCAGCCAAACUACUGCAUACGUUCGGAGGAAUCAGAGAAAGAGUGAGCUGGGAGGAGAGAGGAGAACAGACACAACCAGUUAUUUAAUCUAAGCCCAUAUACUCUGCACUGUAUAAAUGAAACAAAAACAUAUUCUACUUGAGAUGAAGGUAAACCGUAGCCUGCUAUGUGAUGUGGUGUCUGUAUGGAAAACAGCAUUGUAUAAAUAUGAUGUGUUUUUUUAGAAGGGGAUUGAGCUGAGCGGGACAGGACUCUAAGCUCCACUGAACUGAUAGACAGAGUGGACAUGUUGUGUUCUGAGUGAAUCACGGCAGAGCGUUUCCAUGCCGAUAUGUUUAAAACUUAAGUGAAAAAGGCCAACUGACCAAUUGAACUAACCAUGCUUUGUCCUGUCAAAAAAGUAUACAUUUCUCUCUAUUUUUUAUUGCAUAGGAACAUUGGCUCACACAGUGGUGAAAAUAUUUUGUAUUACUAUUGUUAAGCCGCAUUUGAUCAAUCUGCAGUAUGUAUUAUACUGUGAAAGAAUGUUAUUAAUGUAAAUUCUUUGAAAGAAGCAUUUUUAGGCUUUUUUUUUAUUGAUGAAUAUUAUACACAGCUGUACUUUUCUGUGUCUGGAACAUUGGACAAUGGCAGGCUUUGAGUUUCGGAUGUCUUGUCUGCCCUGUGGAGCAGGCACCUUUUUGUUACCGUAGCUUCUUUUUCUUUUUUUUAACGCCCUUUAAAAAGUGCAGUUCUCCAUUGUGUACUCUUAAACGUCUUCUGCACUUAACUGCAAUAUAACAAGUCUUGCCAGGUUGCAAAGCUGCUAAAAGGAACAGCCGUUGGAGUAAGUUUUGUACAUUUAAACUAAAGAGAUGAUAACCAGUUUAUGUAUUGUAAUCUGUAAAUGGAAAAAAAAAAAUAGCUCUUGUACGAAUCCUUACAUAUUAUGCUGUAUAUUAAACCUCUAUAAAUAAA